AUGUUGGCUGUUCUUUCAACGAUAUGCCUGAUUUUAGGAGGACUACUUCUGUGCGCAAAAAACAACAUUGGAAAACAUAAGUGUGACUUAAUAUCUGGAUCAGUGUCAGACAAAGUAACCGACUUUUCGAAUGUUCAAAGCAGUGCCACAGCUCCAACACCUUCCUCCGCUACUAACAAUUCUCAGUUUGAGUAUUCCGGAAUAGCGGAUCGGAGCUCGAAAAAAGAGAAAACUAAUUUACGAUCCGAUGUUGACCAUAAUAAUAAUGAAAAGCAUUCAAGCGUACGAAAAGUCUUUUCCGAUGAAGAUACUCCAAUAAUGAAAGUUGAUAAUUCCCGAAAAUCUAUAGAGUCAUCUAAGCAUGAAAACGUUAUACAAAUAGCUUUAGCAGCAGUGCCUGAGGUUAAUUUUGUUGAGAAUGCAGAUGAUGAGGAAGAAACAGACGACACUAUGUUUGAUGUGGCUUCUAUCAAAACGGAUCCUCCAACUCCUUUACUUACUCCAUUAGGGGGUGAAAAAUAUGAUCUCGCUAACCCCAGUAAUAACUUAGAUGAGACGAUGUGUUAA